CGGGAGGCGGCGGCCGCGCGGCAUGACAUGACGGCGCCGCUCGGGCUCCCCCCGCGCUGGCCCGACGCGCUCGGUUGCCGCUGCGAGGACGCCCCGCGGGAGAAACCGCGCAUGGAGAGCCUGGGCCACUGCCGGGAGAGCCUGGGCCACUGCCGGGAGAGCCUGGGCCACUGCCGGGAGAUGCUGCCGCACGCCGGGCUGGCCGCUCCGGGCGGCGGCGGAGGCGGCGGAGCGGACGGAGCCGCGUACGCGGAGCUGGCGAGCGCGGAGCCGGCGCGGCAAUGCCCGUCGGGCUCGCUGGGCUACGGCGGCUACCCGUUCGCACCGGGCUACUACGGCUGCCGCCUGGCCGGAGUCAACCUGCAGCAGAAGCCGUGCGGCUACCACCCGCCCGAUAAGUUCGCCGAGGCCGGCGGGGCGCUGGCCGCCGAGGAGCUGCCGGCGCGGGCCAAGGAGUUCUCGUUCUACCCCGGUUUCCCGGGCUCGUACCAGGCCGUACCGGGCUACUUGGACGUGUCGGUGGUGCCGGCGCUGGCCGAGCCGCGGCACGAAGCUUUGCUUCCCAUGGAAGGCUACCAGCCCUGGGCGCUGGCCAACGGCUGGGACGGGCAGGUUUACUGCUCCAAGGAGCAACCGCAGCCCGCGCACCUCUGGAAGGCGCCGUUCCCAGGUAGGAGCGGGAGCGGGAACCGGGAGCGGGAGCGGGAGCGGGAGCGGUGCCCGCCGGCCGCGGGGGUUGAGCCCCGGGCAUCGCACGGCCGCCAGAAAUCUCAUUUAUCCCGUGAUAUAUUCCAUAUAUGA